GAGGAGGUGAGGCGGGAACAACGCCUCUACAAAUGCUGGUCUGGGGCCAAGGAGAUCGAAUUGGAGGUAGAUUCCAUCAGCUUUUCGUACGAAAGGGAAGCUUUGGCUCCUCAGCAUGACAGUACGGGUGGCACCGAGAUGAACGAGCAGGACCAGCGACGGGAGAAUCAAAAGAACGAGGUUCGCAAAAUCAAAGCCAAGACGACAGAGUCUCUUGCAAAGAGUGCUAUUCAGCUGGGCAACUCCAACCUGCUCACCAUCAGAGGCUACCGGAGCAAGCUUGUCGCCAACAAUGAGGCACUCGCCACCGGCACCGUGGGUCAGGAACUGGAGGACC